GAUCGAAACAGCACAAUCGAUUAGCAACUAUAUCUAUAUAUAUAUAUGACUGUUUUUCUAACCUCAAAGUAACGCAUGAGUUGCAUGCGUUAAAAGAAAUUGGAGUGUCAAAAUCUAAUAUUGGAAAAAGGAAAUGAGCGAUGCCGAACUUCAGGAAGAGGAAAGAGAAGUACUUCUUUCGAUAUAUGAUGGAGAUCCAGCUUUUAAACAGUUGACACCUAUUACAUUUCAGUAUAAGUAUGGAGAGGACAAUGAUAUGAAAUCAUUUCUAUUGGAAAUUUCAUGGGGCACAACAUAUCCAUCAGAAAGACCUACUAUUAAUAUGAAUACCUUUUAUAACAAGCAUAUUGUGCAAGAAGUAAAAGAUAAAGUGGUUCAACAUCUGAAAGCAGAGGCUGAUCAAUGGUUAGGAAGUGCUAUGACUUACACAUUAUUUCAAUCUGUACAAGAACAUUUUACUGAACUAAUCUCAGCACAACCAGAUACUGUUGUUGAUUUAAACUCGCAAAUUAACCAACUUAAAAUAGCAGAUGAACAUCAAAAGCUGGAAGAAACAACAAAGAAGCCAAAGAAGGAACAUCUAACUAAAGCUCAAAAGCGCAGACAAUGGAAUAAAGCAGAUGGAAAAGGAGAAAAACCACGAGGAUGGGAUUGGGUGGAUAUAGUAAAACAUUUAUCACAGACUGGCCCUAAACAAGAGCAAGAGUCAUAGUUUAACUUCAUUGAAAUAUUUGUACAGGUUAAAGGCGUAUUAUAUUUUUAUAAAUUAUUGGAAAUAAACUGGUUUCCAUAUA